CUCGCGGCUUUCAAAUACACCUGGCCCAAACCUUCGUCACUGAUAAAAAGUUUUAUCACUGACAAUAGUGUCGAAAGAAAAGGGACAACAAUCCGAUGCAAAUGAGUCCUGUAAUGAUAAAAGGGGAAGAUAAAUACAGACUCUAAAUUUAUAAACUAUUUACAAACAAUAAUUUAUAAACGUGGUGUGCGGUUUUUAGUUAGUGCUACAUGGUACUUAGAUUCUGUAUUGAAUGCGAGGUUCGUGACAUUGAAUUUGAAAGUUUGUGUUUACAAGCAAAAGCGAAAGAAGAGCGUGAAGCGAAGUGAGACAUUCUUCUAGUUCUUGCUACUUGCUAGUAAAAGAAGUGUCUGUCUGUCAGUCAACUUCGGCAAGAUGAGCAAAACAUGGAAAGACACGAAGGAUUUUCUAGGCCUCGAGGAGGUGUCAAAAAUCGAUUUUCUGGUGCCACUCUUCGCAGAAGCAUUAGGCACAUUUCUCCUCGUCCUGAUUGGCUGUGCUUCGUGCAUCCCAUGGGGAACUGCACCAACUGUAUUCCACAUUGCUUUCACAUUUGGUCUAGCGGUUGCGAGUCUCGCCCAGGUUUUGGGACCUAUUUCCGGAUGUCACGUUAAUCCUGCCAUAACUGUGGGUCUUUUAAUCAGCGGAAAUUGCAGUUUACUUAGAGGUUUAUGCUACGUCGUAUGCCAAUGUUGUGGAGCAAUUGCUGGAGCUGGUGUUCUCAAGGUGGCUUUACCAGCAGAAAAAACGUCAAAAUCAUUAGGCCUGACCCUCCUUGGAGAAAACGUUGAUGUUGGACAGGGCAUCCUAGUCGAAACAAUCAUUACUUUCCUAUUGGUUCUUGUCGUUCAUGCAGUAACUGAUCCAAAGAGGAGCGACACAAAAGGAUGGGCACCACUUGCCAUCGGGUUGACCAUCACCGUUGCUCACUUGGCAGUCGUUCCAGUUACCGGAAGUAGUAUGAACCCAGCAAGAUCACUUGGUCCAGCUGUAAUUCUUGGAGUCUGGGACGAUCAGUGGGUUUACUGGAUUGGGCCUCUUUUAGGCGGUCUUAUUGCUGGUGGAUUGUACAGGAUGGGCUUCCGGAUGAGAAGCAAAGACGAGGAAGAAGCUUCUUACGACUUCUGAGCAGCCAAUCAUUUUUUAAUAUAAAACCUUGCUCGUGAAUAAAAAUUGCGCAGCACGUUGAAAUACAAAGAAAUAGGAAAUAAAAAAUUAGAAGCAAUGUACUUUUUUUUAGAUAUUUUACAAACAAUUUUCAGAAGGAAAUCUAUUCCUAAAUAUUUUCCAGAGUUAGGAAUAAUAAGGAAAAAGUUCUACAAUUUUAUUUCUUUCCUGAAAACAGAAAAGUAUUAGUUUUUAUUUUUAGAAAGACUAUGACAGAGUAAAAAAUGUUGUAUGCGUUAAAUGAUUUCUUAAGGAUAGUACUGUUUCUACUAAAUUUUCCUAUAAAAUCUACAUUCAAAACUUGAAUUUAUCGUUUUUUGACCAUUUUUAAUGCUUUUGAAUUAAAGAGUCGUGAAUUCUGAAUUAUUUAAAUUGAAUAAAUUACUGCAAAAUCUUCUCGCUGGCGAGAAGAAUAUAUCAAAAAGAGAACAUUAUGAAUUUAUCAACCCGUUACGCAACAGCAUCCACUUUUGCGACUCACGAGUUUCAAGCGAAUUCCGAAAAUAAUAUUAUAACAAGAGCAAUUUUACGACCGCUUGAAUAUUUCUUCCUUUGUAAUAAAAAAUAACGGCAAUAGGAAUUGUUAUUCGCUUAUUCCUUAGAAUUGAUAGUGAACGUCGCCUAUUUCUCUGAAUGUUAAAUAUUUUUUGGUAUCUGUAUUAGAUCUAAAAGUUCAAUCUGGAAAAUAGAAAUAUUGUUUUCUAAAAUAUCGAGAGAAAUAAAUAUUAUGAAAUAAAAACAUUUGGAAAUACUAGUAUUCAGAAAUAUAAUUUCUGAAUACUAGUAUUUCCAAAUGUUUCUAUUUCAUAAUAUUUAUUUCUAAAUAUUAAAUUCCAAUAUUUAAUCUCUCUAAUUUCAUGAGGUCAUCAAAAUAGCGACGAUUUUUCAGCCUAGAGUCUACUUUUCCACUCGGUUACUUAAACUUGACCUUUCUACCAUUCGAAACGAUUAGAUUAUUUAUUGUUAAACAAUUUUAAAUAAGCCAAGACAUGUUUUAAAUAUAAGGUUUGCAACUGAGAGAUUUCAUUCUAGAAUAUCUGAGGAUGAAAAUGACAGAGAAUCUUGGAGUUAAAAACAAAAAUGAACAAAUUUCAUAUAUUAUGGGACUUGCGUUUUUAUUUAAAAAUUUGUUUGCACGCUUAAAACUGUUGACGGUUCGGUUUGAAGAAGAUAAUUGCGUCUCCGAAGAUCUUCGUCUUUUGAAUAUGUAAAAUACUCUUGAUUCCUUGCGAAAAUGCGUAGCCAUUAAGAUUUGUAUAUAUUGUACUUAAAAUAGUCUUAGGGUUCUAAGAGCGUGCAGCGAGAAAUGUGUAUACUUGCAUUAUAAAUGUACUUAAUACUUACCACAGACCUCGCUAUUGUAAUAAAGCAUUGAAUAAAAUAUUCAAUUUCAAUUAUUAA